AUGUUCUACUCACAUGUGCUAAUGUGUAAACGAGGACCAUUGGCCAAAAUAUGGCUUGCAGCUCACUGGGAGAAGAAACUCAAAAAGGCUCACAUAUUUGAAUGUAAUCUAGAGAUAAGCAUUAAAAAAAUUCUUUCACCUAAGGUGAAAAUUGCACUUCGAACUUCAGGACACCUUCUUUUGGGAGUUGUUCGAAUCUAUAAGAGGAAGGCAAAAUAUCUUUUGGAAGAUUGCGCUGAAGCACUUCUUAAAAUGAAGAUAACAUUUUGCCCAGGACCGGUUGACCUUCCAAAAGAGAAUUUUGAAGCAGCUUACAAUGCUAUCACAUUGCCAGAAGAAUUUCAUGAUUUUGACACCCAGAAUGUGAAUGCUGUUGAUGUUUCAGAACACUUUACUCAGAACCAAAGCAAACCAGAAGAAAUCACACUUAGAGAAGAAUAUGACAAUAAUCUACUUUUCCAAGCUGAGAGUUUUGGGGAGGAAUCUGAAAUUCUCAGAAGAGAUAGCUUCUUUGAUGACAACAUAUGCGUGAAUUCCAGUGGUCCCUUAGUUGAACAUAGUUCUGUAUGCUGCAUUGGAGAAAAAUCUCUGUUCUAUGACAGUGGAGGUGGAUUUGGAGAUGAAGGAGGUGCAGGAGAAAUGAUUGACAAUCUAUUGCAAGAUGAUCAGGAUAUCCUGUUAGAAGACGUGCAUUUGAACAGAGAAAUUUCCCUGCCUCCUGAGCCUCCCAGUUCUAUAGUGGUAGAACCAGAUAACCCUGAGUGUAUAUGUCUACCUGAAAAAGAAAAAAUGGAUGAAAGAACAUUAUUAUCAGAUGAAGAGGAAGGAUUUGUCCUUGACCCAAUUGAUGUUUCAGACAUUGCUGAGAAAAGGAAAGGCAAAAAGAGGAAAUUGCUUAUAGAUCCAAUCAAGAAGAUCAGUAGAAAAACUAUGCAUAAACAGCUUACUUUCUUUAUGGACACACUCAUGGUUUUGGAACUUGCACCUCCUACCCAAAGACUGAUGAUGUGGAAGAAGAGGGGAGGAGUGGAUACACUUCUGUCAACUGCUGCCCAGGAUUUGAUUCAUGCUGAACUGAAAAUGUUGUUUACAAAAUGCUGCUUUCUGUCCUCUGGCUUUAAACUUGGAAGAAAAUUGAUUCAGAAGAAGUCAGUAAGGAAAGAAGUGGGAAGCCAAAACAUAGUAGAGGCCAUGAUGGAAGAGCCAAAUUCCCAGCAAGAGUUAAGUCACCCCCAAACUUGGAAGAAUGUAAUUGAUGGAUCUAUGUGUAGCUCUCAUGAGGAUACCAAUAAAAAUAUUAACUCUGAGCAGGAUAUUGUUGAAAUGGUUUCUUCAGCUGAUGAGGAAUCAUCUUUAAGGAAUGCUUUCCUGGCACAAAAAAUUGAAAACUGUUUGCUUGAAUUGGAGUCAUCAUGGAAUGAACAAAAUAUUGAGGCAGAGAGGUAUCAAGGAAUACUUCAGAUUUUAAAUUGUUUACGGCAAUACAACAAGAUGGGAUGGCAGUCCUUUAAUCUGAUGAAGCUUAACAGAAAUAGUGACCAAAAACAAGCAUCUAUCAAAUUUUAUGGCUUUCUUGUCCUAAAAAAAGAUCAGGCUAUUGAGCUGAGCCAGAGUGCUCCCUAUGCAGAUAUAAUAGCUACGGUGGGACCAAUGUUCUAUAAAAUAUGA